AUGAUAGGAAUAAGAGCCUUAAGAAAUGACAUUUUUAAAAAUAUCAAGGAAAAUAUUAAUAAAGGAUUUUUUUUCCAAUACAUACAUAAUUAUUCUACACAAAAUGAAAUAAGCAAAAAACCUAAAAAGGAUUAUAUUUUAUCAUUAGAUGAAGCAUUGUAUUUAUCUAAAGAGUUGGGAAUUAAGACAACUACAGAAAUACAAAGAAUUAUUAUGAGGUCCCCACCAUUUUCUCCAGAUACAAGUCCAUUCGUUAUUGAAAAUUUUUUUUCUAGUGAAGGACAAGAAAAUGGAUCAGAGGAAUUAUCUCAGAUUGAUAAAAAAAUUAUGGAAUUAGAAACGACAAAACAAGAAAAAGAGGAAGAUGAAUUAAAUCAAGGUGAUUUUUAUUCUAAUAAUAUAAAAAUCAAUGAAUGUGCAAAUAAAUAUAAUGAUUCUAUAAUAAAUAAAAUAUUAAUAGAUAAUUUUAAUAAGAAAAGAGUAAAGACUUUUUGGCAUGAUAAUAAUGAAUGGUUAGAGGAAUCUGAAGGCAUUGGGACAAAUAAAAGAUCAUGUGCAUAUGUAUAUAUAAAAAGAGGUUCAGGUAUUAUUAAAAUAAAUGGUAAUGAGGAUUUAUAUAUACGAUGGCCUUAUUUCUAUAACAGAAUGGAUGUGUUAGAACCAUUUUAUGUUACCAAUACUGCUUGUGUAUUUGAUGUUUUUAUAAAGUUAAAAGGAGGAGGAAUAAGUGGACAAUCAAAAGCAGCACGAUUAGCUGUAGGAAGAGCAUUAUUAAAUGCAUGUCCACAUAUAUAUAAUGAACUAAAACAACAUGAUAUAUUAUAUGAAGAUAUGAGACAGAAAUUUCCUAAAAUGCCUGGAAGGAAAAAAUCCAGAGCCAUGAAGCAAUGGUCAAAAAGAUGA